AUGUCAAAACAUCAAAAUUAUGAACACCACAAAGAAAAACAACAUGAGAAUCAUUCUAGAUCAUCAUCAUCAGCAAAAUCUUCAUCAUUGUUGGAAAUUUUACAAAGUUUCGGAAUUAUUGUCAAGACCAAAGUUUAUUUUCAUGAUCGGAGAAGAAUUGCAAAUCUGGAGGAACGUCUGCUGGAGUUAAAGCACAAAAUUAAUCCCAAACUUGAAGGUGCCAAUGACGAUCUAGAACUUGAGAAUCAAACCAGAAAUGGAAAUAUACUAAUCAGCUCGAAUCCACUCGAAUAUUUUACUAAUAUCAAAAGAUCCAAGAUUGUAAUUCGAUUUAAAUGUGAUUUUGAUCAUAAGAGCAUUGUUAAGGAUGUGAAAACUAAUGUGGAUUUCAAUGUUGCGAGUGAAAAUAAGAGAAAUUUGAUGUUCAAUUCAUAUACGAAUCAAGAGAGAAAGAAUACGAAUGUGAUGCAUAUUGAAUUUGAUUUGAAAUUUGAUUCGAUUGUGGAUGUUGUAAAGUAUUUGAAUAUUGCUGAAUGUAAGAAUGUUAACUUAAUGUUGGAGAAUGAAAUUCUUUCGAGGUUGGUGGAAAUUCUUGAUGUGGAUAAUGAAAAGAAACAACUGUACAUCAAACUCAAGACAUUUGACACUAAUUCAACCACAAACUUGUGUAAUUACUUUUUAAUGGGUAAAAUUGAUGGUAGUAAUUCGUGUUUCAUGCUGGAUUUGACUCGCCACUUUACCUCCAAUCUCAAAACUAUUGACAGCAUUUACAGACAUUUCACACCAAACCUUCUUAAAAAUCGAAUCUACGACAAACAUAACACAAAUACCUUCCACGAUUGUAAAGAUGUUGGAAUCUAUAGAGUAUUAAUUGGAUGUUUCUUCUAUGGAAUUACAGAUUCGUCUGCUGGAUGGUACAUUAAGCGCACUCAAAUUCAUCCAUACAAUAUUCUCAAAGCUAGAGUCAGUCCUGAAAUAAUGAAUACCGGAGAAUCAUUUUCCAUAAUAGUAGAGAAAACAUGUCAUCAUUCACAAACUCCUUUUUCGUCUAAUUUGGCAUAUUCUACAAAUGUUUCUGGAAUUGUGGAUGUUGGGUUUUACAAAUUUGAACUCAAGUCAAUUUGUGGAUAUCAUUUUGGUGAUUUGGAUUUUAAAAGAGAGGUUUAUCAUUUUUCAUUGUAA